UGGCUGCUAACGGCUCACAGGCUGUGAAUAUUUAGCUGAGUUUAUCCUCUUUGCUAUCCAGCUUCUAACGUUGAUGUGUAGGUGCCGUAACUCUCUCCUGAGACAUGAACACCACAAUGUUUCAGCUGAGGUCGUUUGUCCAUCAGCGGCUGUACACAGCGGCAGAGGAGAUCCUCGGAGAGGUGGAGAAAACCAUUAAGUUAGCUUUGUACGAAGCCGAAGUUAGUCGAUCUAAAGAGGAGGUUGAAAGUCUGCGACACCAGCUAGAGCUUCUCCGAAAGAAACCAGCUGAAGAGCCUUCACUGACCAGCAACACAGUGGAACAUGGAGAUGAGUGUGAUGCCCUGUUGCUGCAGGAGAAAUCAGGACCCUCAACACCAGAAGAGUCUAACUCAAGUGUGAGCGCUGAGGUCCCAGGACCCUCUCAACCCAGCACAGGUCUGGACAAUAAUAACUGGAACUACUGCUUGGUUGAGACGGACUUCAAGAUGUCCGAAAUAAAAGAAGAGCAGGCGGAACUUGGGGGUGACAGUCAAACUCAGAUUUUCCUUCCGUCUCCCGAAAUGGUGAAAAGCGAGCGAGAUCAGCCAGGGACACAAGUGUCACAUGAAAUGCAGCCAGUUUCUUCAGACUGCUCUACAGCUCAGAGUGAUGAUGACGACAACAAUGACAGCGAUGAGGAGUUGGUGAACAGCAAUGGAGAAAAUACCAAAAUUAUGAAACAGAAAGGAAAGAUAUUGCAAGUACAAAGUGGCAGUAUUAAUAAGGAGUGUCAGACAGCAUUGCCUCAUGACAAAUGUUCUGUUAAAAAUGAAAAGGGCCGCAGUUUUUGCCAUUUGUGCGGCAAGGGAUUUCAGUACAUCGGCUCUUUGAUGAAGCACAUAAAAACCCAUGAGAACAAAAGUGAUUGCACUGUUUGUGGGAUGAUGCACCAGUCCACAGAGGAGUUAGUAACACACCUGAAAGGUUAUCACAACAAAACAUAUUUUUGUGACGUUUGUGGCAAGACUUUUGCCAAUAACCGUUGUCUCCGGCUGCAUGAAAGAAUACACACAGGCAUAAAAGAGUUCAUGUGUCAAGAAUGUGGCAAAACAUUUUACAGAAGAGAGCAUCUGAUUGUACACGUGAGGACCCACUCUGGGGAGAAACCGUAUCACUGUGACAUUUGCGGGAAAGCAUUUAGUCAGAGCCAGAACCUUACAAUUCAUAAAAGAAGUCAUUCGGGGGAGAGACCAUAUCAUUGUGGCCUGUGUGGAAAACUUUUUAACACUAGCAGUCACCUCAAAACACACAUGAGAUACCAUUCAGGAGAGAAACCGUACCCUUGUGAUAUUUGUGGUAAAUGCUUUCGCCAAAGUGGACAGAUGACUAGACAUAGGACCACACAUACAGGAGAGAGGCCCUAUGCUUGCCAUGUUUGUGGUAUGAGAUACAGGUUUGCACCUAAUCUUAAGGUGCACCUGCAGACUCAUGAAAAGGCAGCCGCUGAGUGAAAACCAUUACAUUAACCAGACAAGACUAUCUUGGAGCUGGUGCAUGAGUUGGACAAGACAGGUUUACAUGCAUGGCAUAACUCACCUGUUGGCCAUUCUUGAGUUUAUCUACAACUUAUAUGUACCAAAUUUACUGCCAGCCUUUUAACGAAAGCAUAACAUAACUUGUUGUUGUGAUUUAGUACAUGUCAGGUAGCUACUGGCAUCAGUACACGCUGAGGUACUUGAGUCAUCUCACCGGGAACAUUUAGGCCCAAUCCCAUCUCCAUCCUAAAGCCUAAGCCUUGAACCUGAACACAUUAGUCGAAGUCACCUGGUAAGUGUUAGAGGCUGUAAGGGAACAAAACGGUAUAAUGGGACAGCACCGCACUUUUCAACAUAUUAUAUUACCUUUACUACACGAAAACAGUUGUGGCUUUGGGACUUUUUAGCUGACCUUUUUUACUUCACGGCUGAGACAAUGAAGGGGCCGAUCCACGAUCUUGCCGAGUACAUUGAUAAUUUGAAAAUGACCUGUGGACAAGAGGUCAUUUUCAAAUAAUCAGUUUACUUGUUCAAAACGACAUACACAAAAAAAUCUUCUUUUUAAUUCUAGUUGUUCCUUCCAUGUUUGUUUAGAUUUUUUUUUUUUUUUAACGCCGGCUUGCCUUGGUAACCCUGUGUUUAACGUCACAACGCUAUGAACUGUGGGUAAUUCCUUCAGGCAAUGGAAAGUGAACGCGCCUCAGAGUCCGUGAGUAAGGAGAUUGGGAUUUAGCCAGUCACCUUUUUCUAUCUGCAGAUUGAAGUUGCCAGGCAGUACUGUCAAGGAAAUUUGCUGAGGUUAUUACAUUUCAUGAACCAAUUAGAAUCAUAAAGUUGUAAGUUGUCCCACAUUUAAGGCCCUGGAUACCCACACAGGUGUUGGUAACUGGUCAGAGACGUUUGCUGUCGUUGAUCAGACCUCUGUUUAGGAAUCACAGCUAAAUUGUCCGUUUUAACGAGUUCAACAAAACUAUAUGACUUCACGAAUUGACCCUGCUUUUUUCACUUAUUGCAGAGUUCAAUCUGAUUGGGAAAUUGCAAGGCCAGUUUGAGAGAGGGGUUGGGAUUGACCUCUUAUUCAGCAGCUAUUGAUAACUGCACAGUGAAAUAAUACAAGCAGUUAAGGAGGGCCGCUGCUUAGCUAUAGUGAAUGUAAAGACAGUGAUAGAUAUUAAUGGAGUAAAAUGUUUAAUUAAAAUAUAUAUAAUAUACAACUUUGUGGACUGCUGCUGUUAGCCCGCUAUUUUGACGAACUCCGGUCUGACUGCACCAUGUGUGGGUGUACAGGGCUGACAGGCGCAACAAAACUAACGCGAGAGUCACACAGGUUCUACUCCAACUGGACUGAACACUCAAACACAGUGAUGAGGUUGGGUCUGAUCAAACAGUUCUUGAGAUUUAACUGAAAUUAACAAUCUUAAGAGAUUCAUUAUUAACCGAACAUCCGAGUUCAGUUAUAUUGAAAAUUGCCUUAUAGGGCACUACAUGUUAUCUGUAUUGUGUGUGACCACGAGUACUUUACAUGUUUUAAACUUCCACACAUUGGGAGAGAUUUGGUGUCUGCCUGCUCAAAAACUCAACAUAUGGAUAAGGGGAGCGAUGCAGACAACAAGUAAAGAGUAAGCCAAAUGACAGAACAUCACUGUCCACCUGUAUCGGUCCAUCUUUAGAUUAAAUGUGACAUAACUGAUGACCCAGCAGCAGUACUCAUCGUAAGUGUUGACACAACAUUGGAUACCCAUCUGUGACGAUGUGAAUGUUCGGCUGUGAUAUAUUUUUAUAAGUGAGAUUAAUUUUGAAUAACAGUUGGAGGAGCGCCUUUUAUUUGUUAUUUAUGUAUGUUCAUAAAUCCCUUCAGGUUUCUGUUUACAUGACUUAGACUGCUGGAAUAUGUUGGCAUUUAUCAAAACGGUUAACUAAUUCCUGUUCGUAAAACCAGUUUCACUUUGAGCACCACCUCUGUAGCUCUUGUUUUUCACAUUUUAUGUAUGUAUUUUUGUACAUUGUUCUGUGUAAUGUCUUCUUAUGGUGAAACCAGAUUUCCACACAUAAAGUUUAAUAUACUGUUAUAUCACA